UGCCUCCAUCCCCUCCUCCUUCGUUUCCGUCUCCGCCUCCUCCAACUCCCUCCACCACCACCCACUCCCUCUCGGCAUCCUUCGUCUCCGCCUCAUUCCGGCUCCCUCUCGGAGUUCACUGCUCCCACCAUUUGCGCGCCGCCGUGGACGGUCACGGCGUGACCACCUCCCAUAGAACACAUCCACGUCCCCCUCGCAGACGACGUGGACCUCCGAUCACAAUGGGGGCAAGGAGAUCUAGAGGCGGAUGCGCAGGUGGUGUGAUGAGGACGGCGAGGAUAAAGAGGAGGAGGAGAAGUGGCGCUCGACCUCCCCUGCGGACAGCGCCGGCCGGCCCGCCCUUGGCUUCUCUCCGCCGCCGCCGCCGCUGUAGAUAGAGAUGGAGGAAGGAGGUACAAAAAAAAGAGAGGAGAUAUAAAGACUGACAUAUGGGUUCAUUACUUUUUAAAAUAUUUUUUCCACGCUGAAAUGCCACGCCAGCAAGUCUAUCCCAAAACCGCCUACAAUAGUGCUAGGGGGUAAUUUGUCUAGUUUGUAUAGCUAAGGGUGUCAAAUGUUUGUUUUUUGAGUUCCAGGGGUAAUUCGAUCGACCACGAUAGUUCAAGGGAAUUCGUACUUUUCCUUCUCUUUUUAUGGGAAAAGUCCGAAUUACAGCCCCUACACUUUUUGGUGAGUACGAAUUACCCCCCCUAAACCCGAAAACAAUAGCAGCUUUGCAAGCGGUUUUGAUCCUAUGUGGCAGUCCAGUCAGCAAUUCUUUUAUUAAAAAUCAAUGGGACCGGCCACCUGUCAUACUUCUCUUCUCACUAUCUAUUUCCCCUCUCACACCUUUCUCUCUCUCAUCAGAUGCCGUGGAGGAGGCACGCCAGCGGGUGCAUGCAUCUCGUUGCGGAGGCCGAGGAAGAGCCGCGUGCCGGCAGCCCCGAGUUGCCUCCACCCCCGCCCCCGUCGACCGCUGCCCUUGGCUCCCCCUCCACCGCCCCGAUUGCCUCUGCCACCGCCCCGGCCCAUUGGUCACUGUCCUCGGCUCCGGCUUCGCAUCCCGACUGCCUCCACCCCUGCCAAUGACGGUGGCUCCCUCUCCACCGCACCAACUACCUCUACCCCUCCCCCGUCAGCCACCGUCGUCGACUACCCCUUCUGCGCCUAAAGCUGCCCUCCCCCCUCUGCAUCUGCCUGCCGCCUCCCCCUCCGCCACCCUAAUUGCCUCCACCCUCGCCGAUGACGGCAGCUCCCCAUCCGUCACCCCGACUACCUAUGCCCUCGACGCCGAUGGCAGCUCCCCCUCCACCGCCUUGACUGCCUCCGCCCCACCCCCCGUCAACCACCGUAGAGGAGGUGCGCCAGCGGCUGCGUCGUCUCGCGGCGGAGGCCGAGGACAAGCCGCACGCCGGCGGCCGUGGAUUGCCUCUGCUCGUCCGACUCCCUCUUUGGCGUUCCCCCUCUUAGUGAAAGAGAGAGAUGGAGGUAAGGGGAGAAAGAGAGAGAGAGGGGACUAGGGAGAAAGUGGGGGUGGAAAAAUUUUCAAAGGAUCCAAGACACAUCGGAGUUGGAGUGUGAGUUGUACAUUUUUUUGCUCGAGAGAGGGUGAAACUAUCAGGUGAGGCUCAUCGAUUCUUUUUUGGAAAAAAUACGAAUUACCCCCCGAACUAUUGCGAUCGUACAAAUUACCCCCUCCCCAACCACAAAACUAGACAUAUUAAACCUCAAACUAUUGAAACCAGACAAAUUACCCCCCCUGACUCAAUCUGGAGCGGUUUUGAUCCAACGUGGCAUACAUGUGGCACCAACGUGGAAAUCCAAUCAGCAAAAAAAAAAAAUAUAGGGCCCACAAGUCACUUCUAUCUGUGUGUGCUGUUGGCGUUGGAACUUGGACAUGAGCAGCUGGGCGAGCGGCGGCAGCGCAGCAAGGAUUGGAACUGGUCGGCGGCGAGCGGCAGUGGGCGCGCUAGGCGAGUGGUGGCGGGAGCGGCGACGGGCGCAGCUAGGCGAGCGGUGGCGGGAACGGCAGGGAGGGAGAAUCGGUCCUCGGUCUCUCUCUUCCCAGUUGCUCUCUCUCUCUCUCGUGCAAGCACUUGGGCAGGUGGUGGCGUACAGGCGGUGGGCGGUGGCGCACGGGGACGGGCGGGGAAAGACUGGCGGUCGAAGCGCGGGGACGAGUGAUGGGUAGAGGAGCAUAGGGACGUGCGGUGGACAGCGGCGUGCGGUGAUCGCGCGGUCCAUCACAACCAGGAGGCAGUGCCGAUUGCGGCGGUGAUGAUGAGGAGGAGGAGCCCGCGACAGCGCCGCGCGGUAGAAGCUCGAAGACAACGACGCUCUCGAGCGAGCGAUGGCGCUCACCGGCUCAUGCGGCUCCCAGACGGUGUGACGGGAUUGCGCGAGAUUUCGCCACCCGCCCGCACGCAGCCAAGCCACCAUCAGCUUGCUGCUUGCCGCCCACCGCGCUCCCGAUUGGCCUUCGCCUCCGUCGCCGACCACCGCCGCCCUCGGCCCCCCUUUGCCACCCCCAACUGGCUCUGCCCCCUGCGUGCCGCCAUCCUCAGCUUGCCGCUGCCGGUGGGGAUGGAGGGGAGGGGAGGGAGAAGAGAGAUAGAUUUGGAAAGAGAGAGAAGAGAGAGACAGAGAGGGUGAAAACUGACAUGUGGGGCCCACCAUUUUUUAAAAAAUGCUGACUGGACUGCUACGUAGGAUCAAAACCACCGCGGAUUGAGUCGGUGGGUUAUUUGUCCGGUUUGUAUAGUUUGGGGUGAAAAUGUCUGGUUUUGUGGUUUAAGGGUGUAAUUCGAUCGACUUUUAUAGUUAAGGGGGGUAAUUCAUACUUUUUCCUUCUUUUUUAAAAAAAAUGCUGACUAGAGUGCCACGUAUUGAUAGUUGAGGGCGAAAUAUAUUUGGUUUUUGGAUUUUAGGGGUAAUUCAUACUCACCUAAUAGUUUAGGGGGUGUGAUUCAGAUCUAUCUUUUUUUAUUACUAUGUGUGAAAAGAGUAAAAAAUAAAUUAUUUUGGAACGGAAGGAGCAAGCCAGCAACGUCUCUUGUUGAGUCUCACGUGGUAUAGACCCACGCUUUGACCACAAAUAUCAGAGCAGGUACAAUAGCGGAAUAUAAGCUAGCUAUAAACAUAUUUCGAGAAGAUAAAAGAUGAGAGAGAAAAGCAACAGGCUACAUAUUUGUAGCCAGCUGCAGCACGGAUUUUAAGAUAUAUGUGUGACAGGUAAGACCAGAUAUUAAUUGUGUAGUAUAUGUUUAUAGGUAACUAUUGUAUGAAUUGGCUAUUAAAUUGACUAGAUGUUUUGGACCCGACAGCUGGCUAUUCGAUAAAUGUCUUUUCUCAUACGGAACAGAAAAGCCCUAGGAGUACAAGGCAACAAGUACCACUCAAAUAUAUAAAGUAAUUUUUGUUACUAGCAAUACCCAUUUAAGGAAGCUCACAUCAAUAAUGGCUUGAGAGUUGAGACGAAGUACCUACAAUCUCGCACUUGUCCACACUAGGACAGGAGUACUAGCAGUAGUCCCCACUCACACAGUCACACACAUCCGCCCCCCAUUUUCCUUUCCUCCUCCUCGGUUCCUUCCUCCUCACACUUCACCAAAACCCCAACCAAACCAAUUUUCCGCAGCCGCAAUGGCCGGCACCGAAGAGCUCCUGGUCCAAGAAUCCACCGUCCCGAUCGUCUCCGACGGCGACCCUUCCCGCCCCGCCGUCCGAUCGGCCCACUUCCUCCUCCCCCGCGCGGCCGCCGGUGGCCGGCCCCCGCCCCUGCCCUCCUCCCCGCUCUGCAGUGGCGGCCCCGUUCCUGACCACCACGGCCUCCUCCGGGUGGUGGAGUUCAAGGGCUGGGCUGGCUCCCCUGGCCUGUGGAGGCAGUGGGUCGACAGGCUCCGCCCGCGCCACGAGCCCCUGUGGCGGAGUGUUGGCAUCUUGGAUGCCAUUCUCGCCACGGCUUACCGGGUACGCCGCGACGAGGGCACGCUGCUCCAGCUCGCCGCGUUCUGGUCCGCAGACACCAACACGUUCAUGUUCCCGUGGGGCGAGGCCACGGUGACGCUGGAGGACAUGACCGUGCUCGCCGGCCUGCCGCUCUUUGGCAAGCCCGUGCGGGCGCGCCUGCCGGACGCUCUUGUCGGGGACGUGGACGCGCUCAUGGCCGUUCGGAGCGCCCUGCACCGGAGCAAGUACAAGAAGCCCUCCUAUCCUGGGUGGGUGCAGUACUUUCUUAAGCGCCAGGAGGAGGAGGACGACGAGACGGCCGCCAGCGCCGGCGCCGACCUGAUCGAGCACGGGGCGUUUCUGGCCAUGUGGCUGUCGCUCUUCGUCUUCGCGGCACCGCCGUUCGACGUGGUUGGGCCUCAGGUGUUCCCCAUCGCCGCCCUGCUAGCGCGGGGCAUCCGCGUGGCGCUCGCGCCCGCCGCGCUCGCCGGCAUCUACGGCGACCUCUCCGCGCUCAAGCGCUUCUUGGACUUGCGCGACAGGGAGGAGGAGGCGCUCCAGGUGACGGCGCCGAUGCACAUUCUCCACCUCUGGGUCUGGGAGCGCUUCCCUCAGCUCCGCCCUGCCAUGGCGACCACCACCAUCCCUGCAACCACUGAUGCUUGCCGUGUGCCAAUGGCUGCUCGGUGGCACGGCGUCCACAAGGCGCUGGACCCCCAGUUUGUUCAUGGCGUGUUCAUGUCACCGGACAAGUUUGAGUGGAGGCCAUACGGGAGUCGCAGCAUUGCUCUGCCACCCAAGGAAGCUAAGGCUGGCACUUGGGUUGUCCAGGAUGUAAUGACAAGUAAUACGCUGUUAUCCUUUACGCGAUGUUUGCGCCAAUGUGAGCUCGUCGGCAUGGGCUGCAUUGAGCAAUACAUCCGCAUCGUGUUGCAAGGCAGUUUGGCUUUGAUCAGGAUGUGCCUGGGACGAUUGCUCGCGCUAACUCAAACUGGAAGGUGGCAUGGAGAACAUAUACGUUUGGCUAUCGAAAGUUUGCAUUGGUUGUUCCACACUAUAAGCUUGGGGUGACACUGGAGUAUGCGCGAUGGUGGGAGCCAUAUUCGUUGGCUUGCUCUACUGAUGUUUCUAACUAUGCAAACACAAGAGAACCCCAUUCCCUUUUUAUUCCAAUGAAAAGAAACACUGAAGAGCUUUCUGGGGCUAAUUCUUGCAAAAAGCAGCAUGUUGACACCAGUGUGCCUUUACCUGGUACCAUGGAGGAUCCACUGGAUGAGAUUCCUCUGAUUGAGAGGCUAAACAAUAUAAUUAUGGUACAAUGUGCUAGGCAAGAGCAAAUCGCAGACGUUGUGAAGUAUUCUGUCCCAGAGUUCAUCAGAGGGAAGGAUAACAGUAUGAUUGUGCAACAAGAUGCUGAGCAAUACUUAUCUGAUUCAAUGAGAGUCUUGGAUAGUUCAGCUGAUGAAUCAUUUUGUGGGUCAGUCACCAAAAUGGAACAACACAUAUCUCUCCUACAAAGUAAACAGAAAGCACAAGACCAUGCCAGUGCCUAUGAGGCAAACAAUUUCAACUCUGGACAAGUAAUGAUACAUCAUGGCGUUGAGAGUGCAGCUAGUACUGGCAGUAAUGAAGCCAUUGAAGCUGCAACAACAGCUGGCAUGCUGCCAACACCUGAAGACAUUCUAGUGACAAGUGAUGAAGUUAUGAUGGAACGCAAUUGUGGUUAUGAGCUUGAUGCUGUCCUGCUGGGUGCUGCUCCCCAACAGCAAUCAACUGAAGAUAUGGGAACAUGCAUGUUUGCAUUAGAGAGAGAUAAUAGAGCCAAGACAGACAAGGAUGAAUUAGCAUCUUUGAAAGGUACUGAAAAAGAAAAUGAAGAUGAUUCAACAUCAAAUCAAGCAACAGCAGGUUCUCUUAUAGAAGAUUGCAUAGAAAUCAGCAGAAAGAACUCAGGAAACAAUGGCAUUUCUUCUGAUAUUCUUGUAAAUGCAAGUACUGAAUUGGUCAGGACAAAAGUUUCUACAAAAACGCUGUACUAUCUUACUAAAAUUUGGUUGCUGAAAAAUGCUCAUGAAAGAGAUGCAAGUGACAUGAAUAGAGAUCAUGGAGUUUACCAGCCAAGGAGGGAAGUUGGGACGAGGGAAAUGAUUGAGAAAUCGUUUGCAGCUCGAGAAGCCCAAAAGGUUGAGUUGGAAAGAGUAAUCAAACAUCUGAAGGAACAAUUGAGGGAUAGGAACCCUUCAAAACUUGAUGUAUAACUUCAGUGAUGGUCGUACUUUUGAACUCCUGAUAUUAUUUGUACAGUUAUAAUAGGCUGUAGCAGUCUUGCUAGUGAAAAUGGGAUCAUAAUUAAAUAGCCUGUGGAAGGCCAGUAAUGAAGAAACUGCAGCUAGCACUCAGUAGUCAGUCCCAGUAAUAUAUUUCUUUCCUUUCUAAUUUUUUUAGCAAGACAUGACUGAACACUAUGGAUAAUGGAUCCAUUUUAAUUACCAAGUUCUUGUUUUGCCAUUUUGUGCAUGAAGAGAGAAAUUGCUGAGGCAUAGCAAAUUCUCUAUUUAAUGAUUA